AUGAUUAUUGGCCGUGUUCGCUGGCCUCUGCUGGCACAUGGUGGUCUGCUGGCACGUGGUGGUCUGCUGGCACGUGGUGGUCUGCUGGCACGUGGUGGUCUGCUGGCACGUGGUGGUCUGCUGGCACAUGGUGGUCUGCUGGCACAUGGUGGUCUGCUGGCACGUGGUGGUCUGCUGGCACGUAGUGGUCUGCUGCUAUCUGAUCUAUUGAAGCUAACGAAUUGCGCUGAGAAACGUAUAGUUCUGUGCAGUUUAUAUCUCGGAAAUGGAUCUCUCGAGAAAAAUUUGGUUACUAUUGGUUUAUUACUAUUAGUUGACGAAGUGGAGAAGGCUUUGGAUAACCAUCCUGCUCUUCGUGUCGAUAUUUUACUGGACUAUUUAAGAGGAACUCGUGGUGGAUUGAAGAAUAGCUCAAUCUCCUUGUUGAAGAAAUUGUAUUUUAUUCAGGAAUUUGGUGGUUUUUGUGAAUUUUUUAAUAGUUUAGGUAUUGGUUUUUGUAAUUACCUUUUUGGUGGUGGUGCUGAUGGUUAUACUGAGGAUGUUUGGUGUAAUGUUGUUUUUAGGGGUAGAUUGUCUAUGGUUGGUCUUUUAGUUUCUUUUUUAGUUUGGUUGAUACGUGUUCGUGUUCAUUGGAAUUAUGUUAGUUCUAGUUUAGAGGUGGUUGUUUGGUUUGAAAGGACUAAUCAUAAGGAUAUUGGUUCUAUAUAUUUGAUUUUUGGUUUUUGGUCUGGUAUAGUUGGUGCUGGUUUGUCUAUUUUGAUUCGUGCUGAGUUGUGUAAACCUGGUUUUUUUUUUGGUAGGGGUCAGUUAUAUAAUGCUGUUAUUACUUCUCAUGCUAUUAUGAUAAUUUUUUUUAUGGUAAUGCCUAGUUUGAUUGGAGGUUUUGGUAAUUGGAUGGUACCUUUAAUGUUGGGGGCUCCUGAUAUGAGUUUUCCUCGUUUGAAUAAUGGUUUCUCUUUCUUUAGAACAUUUGUCUUUGUUUGUUUGAACUGUGUUUGUUACUGUUUUUCUUUUGAUUUUGACUUUAUCUGUUUUGGCUGGGGCUAUUAUUAUGUUGUAAUAUGUUGUAAUGUUGUAUUGAUGGAUCGUAGAUUUAAUACUUCCUUUUUUGAUUCCAGUAGUGGUGGUAAUCCUUUAACUUACCAGUAUUUGUUUUGGUUUUUUGGUCAUCCUGAGGUUUAUAUUUUGAUCUUGCCUGCUUUUGGUAUUGUAAGUCAGAGUACUCAUCAUAUGUAUACUGUUGGUAUGGAUUUGGAUUCUCGUGCUUAUUUUUCUGCUGCUACUAUGGUUAUUGCUGUUCCUACUGGUGUUAAGGUUUUUAGUGGUUUUACUGGUGUUAUUUUGUCUAAUUCUAGUUUGGACGUUGUUUUACAUGAUACUUAUUAUGUUGUUAGUCAUUUUCAUUAUGUUUUAAGGAUAGGGGCUGUUUUUGGUAUUUUUUGUGGUAUUAGUCUUUGGUGGACUUUUUUAACUGGUUAUGUUUAUGGUAAUAAGAUUUUUAUGAGUGUGGUAUUUUUUGUAAUUUUUGUGGGUGCUAAUUUGACUUUUUUUCCUUUGCAUUUUGCUGGUUUACAUGGUUUUCCUCGUAAGCUUACACCUCGAGCAUCAGUUCAUCUUUUUCAUACGCCAUAUUUGCGAGGUUUGCUUAAAAAGUAUCUGCCGGAACGAUCAAAUGAAAUUAUUGGUCUUCAACAUAUGAAGCUUUAUAUAUUUGAUAAUAAUAUUAUUAUUAGCGGAGCUAAUCUAUCUGAAUCUUAUUUCACAAAUCGACAGGACCGUUAUAUUUUAGUGGAAGACUGUGAUUCAUUAGCUGAUUUUUUUGAUAGGCUCGUUGGCGCCAUCAGUUCUUGUUCUUUCGCAGUGAAGUCAGAUGGAUCAAUCCAUUACGAUAGCGACUCUGUGGAACAUCCUUAUAACGGCAAAAUUGAUGAAUAUAUAGGAAGUGUGUGCAAAAAAAUUGGUUCACUCAUAAACGAUUUUUCUCAUAGCAAGCCAUCAGUUUCUCAUGCAAAAUUUGAUACUUUUCUUUAUCCGAUUAUACAAAUGGGAAUUUUUUCUAUCAAUCAAGAAUAUCAAUUUUUGGAAAAAUUAUUUUCAUGUCAGGAUGAAUCUUUUCAAUUAACAAUGUCAUCUGGUUAUUUUAAUUUAAUUGAUAAGUAUGAAUAUCUCAUUUCAAGAAGGGGGCGAUUUAAUAUGGAUAUUAUUUUCGCAUCUCCUCAGGCUAAUGGUUUCUAUCAGGGGCAAGGGAUAUCAGGUUAUAUUCCAGCGCUUUAUGUCGAUAUUUCGCGUAAUUUUUUGGGAAAAUGUCCUUCCCGUGUAGUACUUCAUGAAUAUUCGCGAUCGGGAUGGUCUUAUCAUGCAAAAGGUUUAUGGAUUAAUUCCUCAACAUUUUUUUCCACAUUAGUUGGAUCAUCUAAUUAUGGAUACCGUUCCGUUCAUCGCGAUUUAGAAGCUCAGUUAUUAAUUGUAACUAACAAUAAUGAUUUGAAGAAACGCCUAAUAAAGGAGCGCAAUCAAUAUAUGGAAUAUUCAAUACGAGUUGAACCAUCAAUUUUCUUGCGUGCUGACCAUAACGUUCCUCUCUGGAUGGUGUUGGUGCAAGGCUUAUUGCUUGGCCGAGUUUUGUUGAAUGUAAUGAAUCGGCAAGAGGGUAGAAAUGUGGUGAUUACUUCUUCUAUACCAUCUUUAUCAAGAGUAUCACAAAAGCGACAAAAGGCCAGAAGACUAGUUCGAAAUGUUCGGAAUGUGCAAUCGAAUCCAUAUGAACAAGAAGAAUUCUUGAAUAGAAUUGGUGGUACUUCUAUACGGAAUUUGAGCGAAAAAAAUGUCCAUUCGCUUCAACAUUUGGUAAAUGAUGAAGAGACGUGGCAUCCUGUUUAUCGAUUCUCUGGUAUAAGAUUCGGUGCCCUUCUCGCUAGAACCAAACUAAUCCAGACUUUGGGUAGCAUAUGUUUAAUGCCAUAUAUAUUUUGGCAAUAUAAUAAUGAAGCUAUAUCUUUGGAAAGUUUUUUGGGUGUAUCAGUAUUAGCAUUCUCUGCAACAGUUUUGCUUAUCUUAUAUAGCCAAUACUUUAAUCGACUUAUUGGCGUGAUUUCUAUGACUGAAUCCAAUAAAUUCAUUCGUAUUGGUUAUUUGUCUUUUUGGGGAUCUCGACGUAAUAAAAUUAUGGAACUCGAUGAUAUUAUGCCGAUUCGUGAAGCGAAUUUGAAUUGUGAAGAUGCUGUGCUGAAAUUGCGUCAAUAUUCAUCGCAUUUUUACCUAUUUUUACCAAGGCUUCGAGUAGAAAUAGUUGAUGUGGAGCGUGCAAAGUUGUUAUUUGGUGAUGUUUCUAUGUUUAAUGAGAUAAAAAAGAGUAAAUAA